AGGAAGAGACGCUCAUUGCGACUGAGGGCGCAGCGUAGGCCAGUGUGUUUUCCCGCGCUUUCUCUUCUGGCGGGCUCAAGUAAAGUCUUAAUUUGUUCUUUUUUUGAAGUUGCCAUAAAGUGGUGGAGCUUAAGUUCAAAACCCUCCCACCCUCAAUCAAAUCCCGCCCCCUCCCCGGGCCUCAGCAUCCUGCUUGGACGUGGAAAUCGCUCCUUCCCCAGGUGGAAAGUCUCGGGGACACCCCCCCCAUCCCCUGCCCCGAAGCCUCUGGCGCAGGCCUAACGAGCGUUUUACCUCAGUCCCCCCACCUUCAGCUGCUCCUACACGGCUUCUGGGUCUGGCGCCAUGUAGGCUUUUCAUAAAAACUAAAUGAGAUUCUAGCUCUGGAGCUGGAAGGAACCUCUGCGGCCUUCCAAUCCAACCCCGUCUUUUUACAGAUGAAGAAACUGAGAAUUCCCUUCAGCAUUUUGGAGCCUGAGAGAUUCAUUGUUUACUGAAAUAUGUCUAUAUGUGAAGACAUGUUGCUCUGUAAUUAUCGAAAGUGUCGCAUCAGGCUCUCUGGCUAUGCAUGGGUAACUGCUUGCUCACACAUCUUCUGUGACCAGCAUGGCAGUGGUGAGUUCAGUCGGUCUCCAGCCGUCUGCCCUGCCUGCAAUAGUACCCUUUCCGGUAAGCUAGACAUUGUUCGAACCGAGCUCAGUCCCACAGAGGAAUACAAAGCCAUGGUGUUGGCAGGGUUGAGACCAGAAAUAGUUUUGGAUAUUAGCUCCCGAGCACUGGCGUUCUGGACAUACCAGGUGCAUCAAGAGCGUCUUUAUCAAGAAUAUAAUUUCAGCAAGGCUGAGGGCCAUCUGAAACAGAUGGAGAAAGUAUAUACUCAGCAGAUCCAGAGUAAGGAUGUGGAGCUGACUUCUAUGAAAGGGGAAGUCACCUCUAUGAAGAAAGUGUUGGAGGAGUACAAGAAAAAGUUCAGUGACAUCUCUGAGAAACUCAUGGAGCGCAAUCGCCAAUAUCAGAAACUUCAGAGUCUCUAUGAUAGCCUUAGAUUACGAAACAUUGCCUUUGCUAACCAUGAAGGAGUUCUGGAGCCAUCCAUGAUCUCUCAGCCAGCUGCUUUUGGUUUCCCAACAGGGAAUACUUCCAAGUUUCCUGUGGAUAUGACACCAGUUCGGAACUGGGGCAGUGGUGAUGGAGACUUCCAGUUCAGACCAUUUUUUGUGGGCUCUCCCACAGCAGCUGAACCUAGCAAUAACUUUUUCAGUUUUGCUUCUCCCAGCCAUGAAGCAUUGCCACAGCCAGGUGGUAGCAGAGCUUUUAAAGUGAAAAGAAUGUAGCCCAUCUUGGAAACAGAGGGCAAAGUGAGAAAGAGGGGAAUUUAUCAUUUAUCAUAACUAUGCCUGCCUACUGUGCCUCAUUUUUUCAAAGUUGAAUUCACUAAGAAUCUAGUUUGCUUUCUUGCUCUUCUCUGGUGGUUUCUAACAGUAAAUGGAUCCUAGUUAUGGUGUAGCCAUUCUUAUGGCAAGUAUUGUUGCUCAUUCAUGAGGUUAUGAGUUUCCUUGUGCUAUUAGUUAUACAGAGUUUGUUGCUUUCUGUGAGAAACUUAUGAGGAAGGAAGUUGGCUUUGGAUUCUUUUCUUUUGCCAAUGUUAUUUUGAAUAAUGAAUGCACUGUUUUAUUAAACUCAGUUUGUGAACUGUUGCUUAUUUGUGAUCAGUAGUAUUCAGACAAAUGUGGCGAUGUGUUGGCAUUUAGAACAACAUUUAGCUUAUUGUAACUGUCUGGCUUGUAUGGCCACAUAUUGCUAUAUUCAUAAAGUCUUAAAUAUUGGAAUAUCUGAGUUUAGAUAUAUGAUCAUUGUGACUUCUUUAAGUAUGUGUAUAUAUAUAUAGUUAUCUGAGUAUGUAGGUUCUGGUAUUUAUGUGUGUGCAUUUUA